GCCGUUGCCCCGGCCGCCGCAACGUCCCGCAAGGCCGCUCCUAGCGCCGCCGGCUCCCAGCGCGGCCGCCAGCAGCAAUCCCGCCCGGCGGCGGCCUGGCGGCGGAGCACCGCCCCCGCACCUCCCCCGAGGGAGGUCAGGCCGGCGGUAGCGGAAGCUUCUCCCUCCCGGCUCCGCGUCCCGGAACCAGCCCCGCCGCCGCGUCCCGUCCUGGCUCGGCCCCGCCACCUGCCGCCCGCGCCGGCAGCAUGACAGCGCGCGCCGCCGCCUCCCGCAGGUGACACCCCGCGGGCCCUUCCGCCUCGCCGUCUCCUAUAUGGGCCACCUGCUCUCGAAGGAGUCGAGCAGCCUGAGCCGGGACCGCCGCUGCCGCCGGGGGAGGACGGUGCCGCCGCGCAGCCGGAGCUGCUUCCUGCGCGGGCCCUGCAUGCUCUGCUUCAUCGUGCACAGCGCCAGCCCUCCCGUCCCGGAGCAGCCCCUACCCGCCAGGGACCCCCUGCUGCCACCGUCGCCUUACGCGGCUCUCGCCACAGCGGAGCAGCGCGCCGCCCGCCGCCUCCUCCGCCUGCCACCCGCCGCCUGGGAGCCGCGGGGCCGCUGCCAGCGCUUCCUCCUCUCGGGCCUGCUGCCCUCGCCGGUGCGGGGCCUCCUGGGGCCGGCCAGGCCGCCCGGCGAGGUCGCCUCCGAGAUGGUGUGCAAGCGCAAGGGGGCCGGCCUGCCUGCCAGCCCGCCCUGCAAGCAGCCCCGCUGCGCGGCCGCCGCCGCCGCGGCGGAGCCUGAAGCCGCCGCUUGCCAGUGUCCGGGGGAUGCGCAGCCCUGCUCUCUGCCCGCCGCCGACGGCUGCGCGGCGGGCGGUGGGGGCGCGCCGGCCCGGGGUGCAGACGGGGACAGCGGCGGCGGGGGGCAGCCCGACUCGCAGCCACCGCCCCCCGCGCCGGAGGAGGAGGGGGAGAAGGAGGAGAGGGGCUGCGAGGAGCCGCUGGAGCACCCUGGAGGCUGCUGCCGAGAGCCGCUGCCGCCACCGGCGCCGGACAUUAACCAGUUGCCGCCCUCCAUCCUGCUCAAGAUAUUUUCCAAUUUAUCUCUGAAUGAACGUUGCCUUUCAGCAUCAUUAGUCUGUAAAUACUGGCGUGACCUCUGUUUAGAUUUUCAGUUUUGGAAGCAACUGGACCUCAGUAGUCGUCAACAGGUCACUGAUGAGCUGUUGGAAAAGAUAGCAUCAAGAAGCCAGAAUAUUACUGAAAUCAAUAUUUCUGAUUGUCGCAAUGUGUCUGAUAAAGGAGUACGCAUAUUAGCAAUUAAAUGUCCUGGGCUCCUAAGGUAUACUGCCUACAGAUGUAAACAGCUUUCUGACACCUCUAUUAUUGCAGUUGCCUCUCAGUGUCCUCUUCUUCAGAAAGUGCAUGUAGGCAAUCAAGACAGACUCACUGAUGAAGGCCUAAAGCAGCUGGGCUCAAAAUGCAGAGAAUUGAAAGACAUUCAUUUUGGGCAAUGUUACAAGAUCUCAGAUGAAGGAAUGAUCAUUAUAGCUAAAGGCUGUCUGAAGUUGCAAAGAAUUUACAUGCAAGAAAACAAAUUAGUGACAGAUCAGUCAGUGAAAGCUUUUGCUGAACAUUGUCCUGAGCUGCAGUAUGUUGGUUUUAUGGGCUGCUCUGUUACAUCGAAAGGAGUCAUUCACCUCACCAAUCUAAGAAAUCUUUCCAACUUGGAUCUCCGUCAUAUCACAGAACUGGACAAUGAAACGGUGAUGGAAAUAGUAAAGAGAUGCAAAAACCUUAAUUCGCUCAAUCUGUGUCUGAACUGGAUCAUUAAUGACAGCUUUCACUCAUGAGUGCAACUGUGAAAUGCUGUUCUGCUUAACAUCAGCAUGAAGAGAUGAUUGAGAAUCCCAUACUUUUGCUUUUUAUUUAAUACGUGUGGGAAAUGAUAGAGGUGAUGAUUUGUCUAAUUGCUUGACUGUAGUUGCAAUUAUAAAGAAAAGGUCAGUCUAGUCAUUGUCAAUUGAACUAUGAAAGAAAACACACUUAUAGCCCUAAAGAACCAUUAUGUCAAUUUUAUGCUGUUCGUCAGUGUAUAACAUGUUUGCUAGGGUAUAUAAAUCUUAUCUUUCUUGGAAUUACAGCAGACUUGCUCUAUUACAGGCACUUGCUGCUGCUGCUGAGUAGAGAUAACCUUCAAUAUUGUCUGUUAAUUGCAUAUUCUUUCAUUGUUGCCUGUUUCUCGAGAUUUGUGUACAGUAAAACAUUGCUACUUUAAUGAAUAGAAAUGGAUGUGCUAGAUUGCGAUUUGACCCUUCUGUUUUCACAUAGUUAACACACAAUGGGUGACAGGACAAAAUCUGUAGCUUGUAGCUGCUAUAGUUUUGUUGGCAUCAACUUCAACAAGUGAUUAGGAGAUACUUGUUAAAAUUGCAAAUGCUCUGUUUUAGCUACUCUCCCUAAGAUUAUUAUCUAGUGUGGAAUACUUACAACUUUUAUAAGGAAUCGGUGUUACUAUAUUUACUCUUAAGUGAUAAGAGGCAAGGUGAUAAGCAAGCAUGACAAAAUAAAUGAACCUUGUCAAUACAAAUAUUAAAUGAAACUGCAGCCCUUGUGACUGGCCAGUAUGCUGUCUUUCUGUCCUGUCUUCUAGUACGAUUAACAAAGUGGCCUGCUUUUGAUGUGUUCUUUCUCUUUUUCACUUUGCUAGUUUGUUCAUGGGAAGAGUUAUUGCCCAGGAGCACAUUCAGGCAUAAUGAACAAAUGCCUUUGUAGUCUGCUAUUCUGACGCUUUUACAAAUCCUGUUUCUGCAUUUUUGGCUGUUAUCUGCAGUGGCAAUACUGUCUCCAUAUUGGUGUGACUGACUACUGCAGCCACCUCUAACUUGGUCAAGUUUAGCUGCAUGUGGGUGGGCAAUAUAAAAUGAGUUUGCUGUUCUCUGCAGCUUUAUGGGGUAUUUUUAAUCUCUUGUUGCUCUGCCAGAUUAAGUUUAGAUCAGCUCUUGCAGUCAGUCUUCUGAUCAUAGUGGUGCAGACUGACAUUUUUUGAUGUGGAAGAGCUUGGUACAAACAUAGGAAUAAUGGGAAGUGGUCUUGUGGGUUCAAGUUCUGUUAGAGAAAAAUUUGUCAUCAAUAAACGGGAGCUUGAGAAUAAAAAGUUGAAUGUUUUCCAGCAGUACAGUGUUUACCAGUGUUGUCUGUCUCUUAUGCAGCUUUUAGGAAGACUUUUUCAGGUGAAGGCAAUAAAAAUGAAGAACAUGGUUUCUUCUUAGUAGGUGCAUAAUAAACCUUUUGUUUGUCUAUUCCAUGGUUGCACAGAGGAUGCAGUAGGGAGUAGGAGCAAUAAAGACUAGGAAAAACAAUUUACUUACACAUUAAAAUAUGCAAUAUGAUUUGAUAAAGUUGUUUUUUCCUUGGUAAAGGGGAUGAAUGGUUUAAUAGAGCCACUCUUAUUGUCUUUAAGUCAUUAUUUUAGCUUCGUAUAACUGAAGACACAGUCGUCUUCACCUGCUGUCAGAUUUAGUACAUAAAAAUGAUAAAUAAUAAACCUCGCAAAGACUUACUAUGUUAUUACACAAGGGUAUUAGAUGUAUGCAAUAUUUUGAAAUGUAAAGAAAUAUAUAAUAAAUUAGCUAGUCUAUUUUUUCUCCCCUCUGUGAUAUUUGCUGUUAUUUGUGUGUGUGUGUGUUUUGGUGUUAAUGCAAUCUUUUACACACCAUUAAGGCAAUAUUAUGCAGGUGAUGUUAGGAACACGAACGUCCAGUAAUGCACUACUCCCUAAAUGAGAGUCUAUGGGAUGAAAACAACCAAGCAGCUCUUGAUUAAUAAUAAAAUGCUAAAUAUGUGAGUAGUAAAUUUAAUUAAAAAUUAAACAGUAAAGGUUACUGAAUGUUUCAUUAAAUCCAUCUGAAUGAAAGAACAGCAUUUAGUAAUGCAGUGCAAAUUCUAAUUCAGAUUCCUACUUUACACAGCAAGGUGACAUUGAUAUGGAGACUCAUAUAAUGGAAAUAUAAGCUUAUGUUGCAUUGUUAGAAGGACUGUUUCUUUCAUACUUAUGAAGACUUUGAGACCUCUCUAACUUUUGUAUUGAACUUGCAUAAUCUGAAAUGGCUACAGAGUUACAACAAGUAUCUAGAUUAUCAUAUACUCAAAAUUUUGAAUCUUGGUAAUAUGGCCAGACAAAAGUGUUUAUAAUGAAUGGUACUGUCAAAUAUUGAAAUAUUUAAUUUUUAUGUAGUAUAUAUCAAAAAAGACAGCAUUAUCGUAACCAUGACACUGCUUCUUUCUUUCCUUUCCCUACUCUCUUUCUUUCACCCUUGAUCCCCUCCAGGAUACACACACAAAACAGAUCAGUUACCAGCAUAGUUCAGUGUGAGUACACUCCAAACAGUUACAUGAAGUGAGGUUAUGUUUCUGUAGGUUGUCUUGUAAAUGUUUUUUGCACUAAGAUAUUGUUGAGACCAUUUUUUAUUCAAAAAAAGGUUCAAAAAUGGUCAGUGUGUGGUAAUAACUUAUCUGCAAAUCCUGUUCUUAUUCAAAUAAUUAGCAUGGAAUAAAUUAAUUUUAAGAAAAUGUUCAGAAAGGGAAGAACACUAAAAGUUUCAUAAUAUUACAAAUAAUUUAAAAGUAUUUGCACCAAAGUGGAUAGGUUUUUGAGUGGCAAGAAUACAGAAAUGAGAACCAGUUCAGUGGAAACAGAAAAAAUGUCUUUUAAAGUCUGACUGUUAUAAUCAAGGUUAAGGUUGGUAUUGAAGUUAUUAUUUGUUUUGUUUGUGAAGAGUUCAGUAGAGGAACAUAAAAUGAUACAGCAAUCUAUGAUUAAAUAUUUUUACAUUUGAAGUCCUAAUUUCUUGUCUUCAAAAUUGAUUAGUCAAGAUAUAAAAAUAUGAAAAACAAAUUUCUGCAUUGUUGGAACAUAAUGAUGAAAUAGUUUUUCUCCAGAUAAGCCAAUUGUUAAUCCACAUGCCUGGAAAUACACUAAGAGAAAAGCUGAUUCUUUCAUCAUACCUCAGAAGGAUUCUCACUGUGUCAGGCUACAGGUUGUUUUGCUAGGUUGUCAACACCUAACAGAGCUGUAUAUGUCAAAUUGGAACAUUGAAUCAAAGUUAAUAAAAAAGCGAUCUAGAAAUUGACUUAAUCUCUCAAUUAGGCCUUCAAAGAGUUAUUUUGUUAAGAUAUGAUAGGAACAUAUGAAAUAUGAACAUAGGAAAUAUUCAUUUGAAAGGUAGAUUGCUUUUGGCAUACGUUCUCUCUGUCGAUGUGAUGGAGAUGUUUGCGGAAGUAUCCAUAGGACUGGAGGUAUCCAAAAUACCUAUAAGGCAAAACAGCAAAUACCAAGGCAUGAUAUUUAGAAAGAGGAUAUAGAACAGUAAGAAAAGGCAAAGGCAUAGACAGCUACUUACAGCUGGGCUCAGAAGAAUAGGAGAUGUAAGUCAGCUGAUAUUUUUUUUUAAUCCAGGUGUGUAGAUUGGCAUAAUUGAAAAGAAUACACAUGACAGAAUGGCUGUACAGCUGCUAUUUCUUGUAGAGCUUCAGAUCAUAUGUCAUCUGACUGACUGCAUCUUACCAGGCCCUCCAUAGGUUCGUGGACAGCCUUACCUUGCUAUAAUUGGUUAGAGCAAGCUUUGGAGUUAUGUUAGCAUCCCAUCAUCUGUUGAGUUUUCAAACAACAUUUUUGCCAUUCAGUGAUUAUUGAUCACUUCCUUUUGGGGGUUUAUGGGGAUAUUCUCUUGAAAGGCCAAAUCAGUUAGUUGGACCAUGAUGAUCUCUUUUUCGAUUCUCUAUGUACCACUGUAUAGCAUCUUUUUUUGGUUGUGUUUAUGGCUUUGUUUUGAUUUUUUUGGUAACACAUUUGAUGAAAUGGUGAGCUCUAAUUAAGCUGAUGUUACUAGGAGCUAUGCCUCAGACUUGCAGACAUUGUGGUUGUGAAGUGGGAGUGGAGUGAAGGUCUUGUCAGACUUGAGCCUCCUGGUUCUUUUCCAAAAGAAAGAAUAAACUGAUCAUAUGUAGUGCCAGGUUCUAUGUCUAAAUAUUUAUAUUUGUAUUAAUUUAUGUUGUAAGUGAAGUUGCAACUGUUUGUCCCAUUCACCCUAUGUCUGUGUUAUCGUCUGGUUAUGGACUUCAGCAUACUGGCAGAUAAAGCUUAUUGCUUUCAGCAGGAAGCUAUUGAAAAACAGUUGCAGGGAGAAGAGUCGUGCCAGGGUUUGGAGGCACUAUGAUCUUUGCACUUCUCUAUUUUAUGGAAAACAAGGGACAAGAUGGAAGCCAUUUAAUUGAUUUCAUAACCUUUGAAAGGUCAGAGUAUGUAGGGUAUUUGUUUUUUGGGGGGCUUUGAUAGACCUUGUAAAAUAAUUUUCCUUUACUUAUAAGUGUGUUUCUGAGGAUCCACAACAACGUACAGCCUGGACACCUUCAGUGCUUGUCUUGUGCUCUUGGUACACAGACCAGAGUACUGGACUUUUAAGGAGUAUCAAUGGAUUGAGACACUGAAAUUAGCAAGCUGAAACGGUGUUGUGUGUGAUAUUCAGUAUUUCAAGUUUGAUCCACGCUUUUUGCUAAAUGUUAUUAAUUAAAUAAUGUAUGCUCAAAAGUUCUGAAAGAGUAGUUGAAUCGUAGACUUUUAAUUUAAUUUCACACUAAGUAGCAAGUACCUAAGAGAUAUUUUAACAUCAUCCUGUAUUACAAGCAGAAUAAGCUUUAUACUUAAGAGAAGGAAGAAAACAUUAUGUUUUUAUUUGCAUAAUAGGUUUAAAAAUAAAAUUAAGAGUUGGUGAGAUUUUGGGAAACUGUAUGGUCCUGUGAAUAUAGUAACAGGGUUGAGCGCUAUUAUAGGAUUUACUGUUACUGUCUCUUUUAGCUUAACUCAUUUAAACUCUCAAUGAGUCCAUUUCUUCUUUUAUAGUAUAAAGGCUAAUGAUUAGAAGAUCACAAAUAUUUAUUGUUUUAUCUACAAAGCACAGCUGAAAUGGAGAGAAAUCAUUCAUCCUUUAAAUUGGGAACUGAAUUUAAGAAAACCAGAAGUGGCUAUAUUUCAAUAUCUAAUAAUUUGAUUAUCUAUCUUAAAGUUUCAGAAUCUGAUACCAUACAUCAAAAUCCUAACAUUUGUAGUUGUGAAGGAUUCUUUUCCUAUAUUGAAAAAAGUCUAAGUGAAGUAGAAUGUAGUAUCAUUUACUUAUAAAAACGACAUUUUAUAGAUUAAAUAUUUACUAGAUUCAUUUUUCAUUUGUGUUGUGGUUCCCCAAAAAAAAGGAAUAGUUAUCUGUUAUAUACUUAACAGAGGUUGAGAUUUGUAGCUAUGGUAUUCCCUUUCAAGGGACAUAACACUUGAUUGCUUGGUAAGUUUCUUCUUUAUGCUUCCUUGGUUGUCCAAUCACUUUUUAUUUUUUCUCUCUCUCAAGCAAUGGAAUAGAGAGUUUGAAAUAGUUAUUUAUUCAUAAAUUUGAAGAAUAGUCUAGCUCAUAUUUAUAAAUGUAAUUUUUAUAUCCUUCACAGUGAAGUGAAUAUAAUCUUUCUUUUACUUUAUAAUCUUACUUUUAUUUUUUUCCAUGCAUUUUGCUUUCUGAUUUAGAACCUAGGUUUGUGUCAUAUACUGAAGGAGACUGGUGAGAGAUCAACAGUCAGUCAUUAUUUAUAUAUGUAUUUUUUAGGUGUAUAUAAAAUUACUACUGGUAAAAUCUGUGUAUGAUGCAGAAGGAAGAAAGUGGUAAGUAAUAGUGAAGAUAGACUGUUGAUACCAAGCUGUGUGGAUUAUUUUUGUGAACUAAGCCCAUGCUGAGAAAAAUGCAUUUCAGUGUAGCCAUUUACAAAAUUGUAUAUUUAGAAGUAAAGAAUGCAGAAUAUAAGGACACAAUGGGGAAGGAGUUGCACCUUUGAGAGCAGUCAUUCUGAAACAGAUUUAAGGAUUAUGAAGAGUAAAGUGAACUCAAGUUACUAUCUGAAUAUUGUGACAAAACAGCAUUUGUUGAAAAGGAGUAAUGUGAAGGACGUUUAUUCACCUUGGCAUAUACCCUUAAAAAUGAUAACAUCACAGUGUGACAAACAGUUCACAUAUUAAUAUUUUUUAAAAUAAAAGAAUAUGUUUCUCUAAUCUUUCAGUAAGAUUCAAAGGCAUUUGACUUGCAAAGCAGAUGUAGAAGAUGUAGAAGAUUUUUAAAAUAACUGUGAGAUUUUAAAAUCUAUAAAUAGGAAUUGAAGAAUUGUAUUUGGAAAUACACAUUUAAAUCUGAAAUUAAAUUUUACAUAAUUAUGGUAUCUUAGAAUGAAUCACAAAGGAGAGCGAGUCUGCUGCUUCUUUUUUUCAUUUUUAGGUUGAACUGACAAUAUCUUCAGUUUUCCAUAAAUCACUGGCUCUCUAGUAUACAAUACAAUUGUAACAGGAUCAUUUAGCCUCAACCUCAGGAAGUCUCUAGUUGAACCUCCUGCUCACAGCAGGAUCAUGUGUGAGAUCAAACCAGGACAGUCAGUUAUCAAAGUCUCCAAGUAUGUGGUCUGCACAACCUUUCUGGGCAAUCUGUGUCACUGCUUGACUGUCCUCAUGGGGAAAAAAAAGUCCAAAGAAGACACCCACAUUGAAACUCUUGUUUCAACUUACACUUUUUUCCCAUUCUCCCAGCAUGAAUUCCUGUUGAGAGCCUUGCUUUCUCUGAUUGAUGACCUUGUAGGUACAGGAAAGCUACUUGAUGUUCCCCCAAAUGACCUUUCCUCCAGGCUGAAAAUGCCCCUCUCCCUCGGCCCCUCCUCACAGGACCUGUGCUCCAGCCCCAGAUGAGUGUGUAGGGAUACUGUCGUUGUUCUUUGCUGCCUAGCUGCGCUGCUGGCUUAUGCUCAUUUUGCUGUCCUCUGUACCAUUGCAAAGGGGUUGUUCCCCUUGCAGACAAGUGCAGAUGAAGAUAGCUAAUAAAUUUCAAAUUGAUUUACUGUAAUGAUUUCAUUAUUAUAAACUCUGCUGAUGCUUGAAAAUCCUGAGAAACAGGAAUUGUUUUGUAGGAUCUUUGUGUGUCAUAAAUGCUUUAGGACUGCUUGCCAUUUAUAUCAGGAAUUUGGUAGCCGCACAAAUUUAUCAUGACUGAUUUCUUUGUCUUAAGAUAAGCUCAUUGAAUGUUGUUCCAAAUACUAACAGCUAGUUCAGAAAGCCCAUAAUAGUGUAUUUUGGGAGGAAAAGAAUGCGAACUCAUUAACUGUUGGUACUGUGCCACAAAGGUAAGUGAAUACAGAAUUGGUUAGAGGUACAGAAUGGCAAAUUUCAUUUUACUACUAUUCCUGAAAACUAUUCACAAUUUUUACAUAUCUGCUGCAUGCAAAUUCUUAGUAUUUCUGGAAGUAUUUUGUAAAUAAAAAUAUUGUACCAAACUCCUAUCUCUUUUUCAUUGGUAAAUCCAGAUUGGUUUCUACCCAUUUUCUGACUCUUUUUUGUAAUGUAGCGUGGUGCCCUAGAACAGAUGCCUUCAGUUUCCCUUGGACUCUCAUGUGGCUGCCAAAAUUGGGCAAGAAUACAUGUAAAUAAUUUUAUUUCUCCUCAUAUCCGGUCAUUUUUUUUUCUUUUUUGAUGUAACUGAAAGCAUUACUAUAGUGGGUAUUACAUAACGUAUAGUAACCUUUGAAGAAAGUCUCAUAUAAAAUGUAUGCUUUAGGCAGUGAUUAGCCUCAUAAAUUCUGGUUCACAGUACAUAUGUGCAAUUAUUGUUAAAGCCUUAGAAUAUUAGCAGGACAUGAAAUAGACCAUGUUUUUUCUUUACAUAUUGUGUGAUGCUUCUCUAAUGUCUCAGGAAAAAAAGAAAAAGGUAUUUAGAUAUAAUUAACCUAAAGAGCUUUUAAAAGAUUACAUGUUGAGCCAGGCAAAAUGUCAUAAGCCCUUCAUGUUUUAUUGAAGAGCCUUCUUGAAUGGUUUGUACUAUACUAUGGCUGCAACAACUUAAAUGUGAGAUUCUACCUUUUUUACUGUCUAUAAUAAUGAUUCUGUUUCAUGUUUUAUGCAAGCCAUGUCUUAUGUAAUCUUUUGAUUUGAGCUGUGUGUUUAACAUAUUCAGAUUUGAGUUUUUCUCAUGGGAAAAGAAAGAAAUUUGGGAAAGAAGUCAAGUAACUUAAGUAAUUUGUGAGAGCAUAUUUGAAGAGGAGAUACUUGACAUCAAAUUGUCAAGGUGUGAAUGCUUUUAGUAGGGUUUCUGGAUGUAUAUGCUUUCCUAAAUAAAAAAAGGGAAAUUAAAACAAAACAAAAAUCAAAACAAAUGAAGUAUUUUGUUUUAAAUCCUCACCUUCUGCUUAUGGACAUACUUGGUGCCUUAUGUUAUUCCUCCCUACACUUGCACUUGUUGAACUUCAUCAAGUUCUUUUCUGCCCAGUCCUGCAGCCUGUCCAUAUCUCACUGAAUGGCAGCACAGCCUUCUGGUGUGUCAGCAAACUUGCUGAGGGUGCACUCAGCCUCUUCAUCCAGGUCAUUGAUGAACAGGUUGAACAGGACUGGACCUAAUACUGACCCCUGGGGAAUGCCACUAGCUACAGGCCUCCAAACAGACUCAGCACCAUUGAUCACAAGUCUCUGAGUUCUGCUAUCCAGCAGUUCGUGAUCCAUCUCACCGUGCAUUCAUCUGACCCACACUUCCUGAGCUUGCCUAUGAGGAUGUUGUGAGGCAAAUGAAGACAAGAGGAAAUGGCCUGAAGUUGCACCAAGGAAGGUUCAGGUUGGGUAUUAGGAAAAUCUUCUUCACAGAAAGGUUUGCCAGGCAUUGGAACAGGCUGCCCGCGGAAGUGUUGGAAUCACCAUCCCUGGAGGUGUUUAAAAGGUAUUUAGACGAGGUUCUUAGGGACAUGGUUUAGAGUUAGGUUGGACUUGGAGAUCUUAAGAGUCUCUUCCAACCAAAAUGGUCCUUUGAGUCUAUGAUUCUAACUCUAAAUUGAAUUUUUUCCUCUCUUCCCGGUCACCAGAACAUUAUCAACAGAAGAUGAUAGAAAGGAAAGGAGGUGAUAAGAGACAGAGGAGGACUGUAAGCCCAACUGCAUUAAUUAGGCUGCAUUAAUAAGGUGGUAAAGAGUCUGAACAAAACAGGUUAUUCACUGAUGUUAUUAGAAUCACCAUAUAAACCGGCUGUCUCCAGAGAGCAUUAAAAGGGUCUAAUAAUUGUUUUUCAUAAGUCCCUCUCACAGAUUUUUUUACUCUAGGAUUGAUUUUUUUUCAUAUGUAGUCUUGGAACUUGCUGUUUUUGUUUUUGUUUUUUUUUUUCAUAUAAAAAGCAUGUUGAGCUGUGAAUUACGUAAAUAAACAUCAAGCAUGCUGCAAAGUGCAGGAAUACUGUGCAGCCUCCAAAAAAGGAGACAGAAGAUUCAAAGUAAACACCUUUAUCACAUACUCAAACUCUAAGGCUCUGCCAACAAACAAGAUGCUUAUUCUAGAAUAAGUACAGUGUGUAGUUUCCUUUGUCUUCACGUUUUAUACCUGGAAUUCACCUGUCUUGUUAAAUUCUUCUUCCUCUACUGGUCACAUAUUGCUCCUACAGUGGAGAUCAAGACUGAUAGAGGUCAUAAUCAGACUCAGUGCAACUUAUGAAAUGGCUUAACCGUGGUUCUGAAUGGUUCAUAGAGCUAGCAUAUCCUUCACUGUUUGUGUGUAAUGCUUGUCCCAAAUAAUUUAUUUCUGUGUACAUGUACAACCACAAUUAAAAAAAAAAAAAUAAAAAAAAUGCUCUCAGGUGCCUCUCUAUAGCCAGAGUUUCUUUCAAAAUAUGAGAUUUCUAUGUCAGUACAUAUUGCAGUUGCAUCAAAUAUUUUCACACUCACUUGGGAAAUUGCGGUGCCUAUAUCUUCACAAAGCUGACUUUGACUCAUGUUGCCAUUGGAUUAGGUGCAGGCUAUGAGCUUUCCUGUCAUCCUUCCUGCACUUUUUAUUGACCUCAGGUAUCUGAUGUUGUGAUUUCUUUUCUUAUGCUUCUGCUGCUGUUCAUACCUUUUUUUUUUCUCUGCCUCAUAAUGCAAUAUUGUUUUCUCCUUGCUUUCCCUUCUCUAAAUUUGUGCAUGAAGAUGACCUAUAAAGUUCUCUGCUGUUGCAUCAACCUCCAGAACUUUGUGAUCUUUCUGUAUUUCAUGACUAGUUACUGUUUUGAGCUGAGGAGGAUUUCUUGAGUAGUAAUUUAAAUAAACUUCCCUCAGUUGAUUAACAUUCACAUCCUGUAUUCAAGUUUGUGUUUCAACACUUUUCCAGCUUCUUCAUUUUCACACAUGCAAUUUUUCACAUGCAGAAUUCGUCCCUUGUCUGAUAUUCUUUUUAUCCCUUUUAAUAGCACUAUUCUUCGAAGUACCUCCUUAUACAAUUCAAAAAUAAUACUGCUUUCUCCUCUCUACUAAAUUUAUUUUUAUUGUUCCCCUCCAUCAUCUGCAACCGUGUAGAUUUUGUGUUGCUCACUGUUUUGAAAACAGACUCAUCAGAGUAUCUUGAUGUUGUGGAUCUUCUAACCAUUGGUAGCUUAGCUUAGUAAUUCUAACUCAGGCAGUUGCAUAAUGAAUAUGUGACAGGGUCACAUUGUCUAUUGAGGUUGUAUUAGUGUGCUUAUGGAUUAGACCAAACUCUUCCAGCAAACCUAGGCUGAGACACUGGUGAAAAGGAUUUGUGAAAUGUAGUUAGAAACAUUGAUUUUUAGUGGCUAGUACAAGGGAAACUGAUAUUAGUCUUUUUAUGUAGUCACAAUCAGUAUUUUAGGAUAUAUUUUUUUUGUCCAUGUUGAUGUAUUUGUUUGUGAUUUCAGCUAAGUUAUAUGAAAAAGUAAUCAUUUAUGUGCAUCAGUGCCUGAUUUCUUUCACUUUUUUGCACAAAUUGUACUACUUCAAUAAGCAUAACAGACAUUGCACUGAUUUUGAGAACCAUAGAUCUAACACUUGCUGUCUUAAACUUUCUCAAAAAAUUUGAUUAAGGCUACGUGGUCACUUGGAUCCUUUGGAAACGCUGUGUGUGGAAGAGACCAUUUUGACAUCUUUGUGUUCAUUCAAAUAUGUUACAAUAUGAAAUUUUACUUGGGAGUGUGUAAUAUCUUGCCAUAACAGUCAUGACAUCAGCGUUUUGUAGUGCUUGUUUGCAUUGACAAUACCACCGUUUUAGACCCAUUCUUUGGCAUCUUGCUUCCAAAGUGAAUGAAGGCUGCAUAUGAGGUGGAAACCCAUUUAAGUUGUGCUUUUUCAGGUCUGAAUUCCAGUUUCUCUCUCUCAGAUGAUAUCAUUGCUAGCUUUGAAAAAAUACAGAAUUCUUGCUUUUUCAACCAAAAUCAGUCUCUAGGCUUGUGUAAUCUUGACAUACAAGAGAAAAAAUGAUUAUGUUUGAAAGUCUAAAGUAAGAGUAAUUGAAAAGCUAUGCAACUGCAGGCUGACUAAAUUGUUAUAAAAGUUUAUGUUGUGGUCUUCCUUUUGAGUAUCUGCUAAAUUACAAUGCAAGACUGAAGACACUGUUUUGCUUAGUACUAAAAAAUGGUCAAUUCAUAAGAAACCUUGUUCAAAAUUGAGGAGAAUCACUAAAUUAAAUAGAUAGCAGCCUCUCAAUGAAAGCCAUGUUUCUUUUGGCACAGAUAACUGGAAAUAACUAAUUCUAAUAUCGAAGGAAAUCAGAUACUCUGACUCCAUUUUUCUUUCUCUAAUCUGGCAAUGCCAAAGUAAUUCCAAAAUAUAUCAGUGUCUAUGAUGAUGUCCCAGUAUAUUUUUAUUGAGAAACUGCUACAAUUGAUUGUAAAUGAUUGCCAGGUUGUGCCUUACGUUGCAUGUGUUAGAAAGCUGAAGGCUUGCAUGUCUGUGGUUGACAGUCUUACAGUACAUGAUACGUUUUACUGCCAGCUCUUGAAGUUCUUCCAGCUUGUGGUUUUUCCAGCACAGGCAGUAACAUGUCUGUGGGACUCCACUGAAAACUUUGCAUGGAUUCUAGGGGAUCAGUGUAUAAGUGAAUCCUUACUGGUUGCAAAUCUAGUUCAGUGUUAAGAUAUUUGUCACACAGCAAAUAUCACCCAUCAUAGAUGUUGUGUAAUGAAAAAGUAAAUCCUACAUUUAUAUUUCUUUGUAUUGGUAAGUGGAUUUUUUCAAAAUAGCUUUUAAGUUUUACAGUAGAGAUGUGAUUCAUCCAGGAAACUCUCCAGAUGAACUGGAGAGUGUGUCUUAAAUUAUCAUAAUUAAACAUGGAUGCAGAAAUGAUCAUUGCUCUGGUAUUAUUUAAUUAUGCGUUUUGUGAAAAUAAUAUUUCUAUGUUUUGUCCCUUAAAUAAUAUAUAAUUUUAAAUGUUUUACUGAAUGUAUGACUUCAUAUUCUGAAGCUUCUUUUUGGAAUCAUCAUCAGCUGUGUACUGAAGUGUCGCCCUGUUUCUUCUUUUAACAAGUUAUAUCAGGGAUCAACAUCUCAUUAAAUUUUAAAAAUGUACUGGAAUAACACUAUGCAUGAUUUUCAGCUCUGCUUUGUAGACUUUUACUGCAUUUGAAAUUUUAUGAGUGAGAUGACAACCACAAGAAGAUUUUUUUUUUUUUUUUUAAUAUUGGAAUACUAAUUGCUUCAGGACAAAUAAUGAAAAAGUGGCAAACUGAAGUCAGUGUGAUAUUAACCCUUUCAAUUAUCCAUUUAUUUUACAGUGCUGUUGCUUUUAUAAUAAAGCAGUGACCAAGCUAGUUCAGCUGCAAAUGUCCAACUCUUUACAUCUGCAGUUACAAGAUAGAAGGUAUAUCCAGUACCAACUGGGUGAAACUAUUUUCUCAUUGCUUGUACAUCAGAGCUCUUGUAAUACUGUAAUAACUAAGUCUGUGGCUGACAAGUAUGUAUUUGGGAAGCACCUAAAGGAAUUUUUUUACUUCUUUAGCAGGAUUGUCUUGCUCCUGCUUUAGGAUGUAAGAACUUCUGUCGUGUAUCUUCAUAAUAAGACUUAAAACAAACAAACAAACAAAAACAAACCAAAACACACAAAAUGAAACAAACACAACCCCCUAAAAAAAACCCAAAUCAACCAACCAACCAACAAAAAAAUGGCAAAGAAACAAACAAAAAACUAAACAGCAACAACACAAACAAAAGCAAUAAAAAACAUAAACAAAAGCACACACAAAAAAACCCAAACAAACAAAAAAACCCACAAGCAAACCAAAACACUAUCCCUAACUUCUGCAUAGCUUCUCCAUAGUUACUUUAUGGCACAAGAAGAAAACUUUCUAAAAGAAUGCCAGAUCUUUCACAUAAUGACAGUUCAGUUUUGAGUGUAUCAGGCUUUUAUUUCUUUUACUAACAAAACAAAUACGUGCAUACUGUGAAGACAUGACAAAAAGGUUUUAUAGAUAUGCUCUUAACUACUUUUGAUUUAAGAUUGAGCUUGUGUGUUACUGUUCCAAGCAAUAUUCUUGUCUAGUGGCCACCUAUUUUGUUUCUGCUAUGUCCAGUUUUCUUUUUCAGAUGAGCAUGGGCCUUUCUGGGUCUAUAAUAUGUAAUAGCUAUGUUCCUGGUUUAUGGUGUCUCAUGACUACUGUCACUCCAGGAUACUUCUUUUUAGAGACUCAAGAACCCCAAGAGUUGUUGGCAAAGUCACUGUGUUGGCAGCAAGCCUCAGAUGAAGAAUGGAAGUUUUUCUUACCUGAGUAUUGAGAUGUACCUCUGCCAAUCUAUGGCAGAGAUUUUUUGAAAUAUUUUUCAAAUUGGGUACUUGGUUAACCCUCAAAUAUCAGCCUUAAACAUGCAGAUCUGGACUCCAUAGCCAAAGGCUUAUCUUUGUUAAUAUAAGAUUUAAGUAGUUGCAUUGUGAGGCCUGAGAACUGGUAUCCCACACCAAGGAUCUUUGGUUCAUAUUAGCAUGCAAGGUGCUCUGCAUUUAUGUGGUAACAUAUGUCUAGCUACAUCUCAGAAGUAGGCAGGCAUAAUUAUUGAAGAGCAAACACAGAGGUUUCUUCGUGGUCACCAUGACAGAUCUUUAGAUGAGAAUUUCACUAGUGCUUUUCAGCUUUACAUCAGCAAACUUUCCUGGAAAUUUUCUGUGUUGCAUCUUUCUGUAAACAAUAGAUUGAGAGAAACAGCAGUUUCUGCCAAGGCCUAUUUAUUUCUGUUUCUAUUCUGUCAAUGUACUGCACUGAGUCCUGCUGGAUUUCACUAGAGCCUGCAUGAAUUGGAGAGAGUUUUUGAAGUAUCUCUAGUCUCAACAUUUAAAAAUGAUCAACUGGAACUCCAUGCAUACUUUCAACAAUUUUUUUCAGCACAGAAGGUUUUCAAACCAGAUGCCAUGUCUGGCAAAAUAAUUGCCUUACUGCUCUUUAUUCCAUAAUCUGAGUCUGACUUUGACAUUAUUUGAAGCCAACCACAGUGAUAUGUGCUUGCAAAGCAGAAAGAGGACAUGUUUGGUUACAGCCACAGUUUCCCAUGUAUAAUUUCUCAUGGUGUCGUCCUUCCGUGUCUGAUGCUCUGGAAAGCAGCCAGUGAGAAAUGUGAACCAUGUUGGAUAAAUUCAGAAGGGUGGCUGAAGAAAAUCGAGAGGCAUGUGCAUCUCUGUCUCUCUAUUUUCUUCAGCCAGUCAAAAGAACUGGUUGUCCCACUGUACUUAGCGUUGGUGCAGCCUCAACUUCAGUAUGGUGUGCCGUUCUGGGCCCCACAAUUUACGAAGGAUGUGAAGGUCCUUGGAUGCCCCCAGAGGAGGGCAGGGUGGAAGGGGAGGAAGGCAUGUCCUGUGAGGAGCAACUGGGGACUCUGGGUUUGUCUGCUUUGGAGAAAAGGACGCUGAGAGGUAACCUCAUUGCUCUCUACAGCUUCCUGAGGAGGGGACGUGGAGAUGGAGAUGCUGAGUUCUUCUGCCUGGAAUCCAGUGACAGGACACCUAGGAAUGGUCUAAUGUCUCAGACAUUAGGAAUCAUUUUUUUACCAAGAGGGUGGUCAAACACUGGAAAAGGCUUCUUAGAAAGGUGGUCAAUACCUCAAGCCUGUCAGUGUUUAAGAGGCAUUUGACCAAUGCCCUUAAUUACAUACUUCAGCUUUUGGUCAGCCCUGAAGUGGUCAGGCAGUUUAACAAGAUGAUCAUUGUACAUCCCUGCCUGUCUUUUUGCUUCCCCUUCUCACCACUGAAAAGAGCCUGGCUCUGCCUUCUUUGCACCCUCCCUUCACGUGCUUAUAUACAUUGAUAAGAUUCCCCUGAGCCUUCUCUUCUCCAGGCUGAAAAGUCCCAGCUCUCCCUGCUUUUCCUCAUAGGAGAGAUGCUCCUGUUCCUUCAUCAUCUUCAUGGCCCUUUGCAGGAUUCUCACCAGUGUGCUCAUAUCUACCUUCUACUGGGGAGCCCAGAACUGGACACAGUAUUCCAGGUGUUGUCUCACCAGUGCUGAAUAGAGGGAAAGGUUCACCUCCCUCAGCUUGCUGGCAACAGUCCUCCUAAUGCAGCACAGCAUUCUUUGCUGUAGGAGCACAUUGUUGGCUCCUGUUCAACUUCGUGUCCACUAGGAUCCACAGGUGAUUUUCUGCCAAACCUGUACUAGUGCCUGGGGUUGUUCCUCCCCAGGUACAGAACUUUGCACUUGUCCUUGUUGAACUGCAUGAGGUUCCUCUCAGCAAACGUACUUCAUCCCAUUUCUUUCCAAGAAGAAAGAAUAUUCCACUUGCUGCAGGAGGAAUAUUGAGAGCUAUCACCUUGUCUGCUACAUGAGGUGCUGGAUUUCCUGAGGCAGAUUUAUCAAACUUUUAUAUAAAUGUCUCUGUGUGUGAGAUUUCUUUGUUUGGUGUUUGGGACUCAAUUUUAUAUUCUUGAGUAUUUCAGCUUAUUUUUAUUAAUCACAGGAAGUUGAGUGGGAGCUCAUUUGAAAUGUAGAAUGGCAUCAGAAAACUAUGUAUUUCUUCUUUUGGACACUUUUCUGUUUCUUUUCAUAGCUAGACAAAAUCUUCCGGUGCUAAGGCCAGCCAGCUUUUAUGAGUACGUGACUAUUUUACAAAAGGUGAGCAUGAGGGGUAAUAGUGUCUCAUUUUUGAGAGCUGUACGCUUGUUCAUAUAGUGGCAACUCUUUCUACAUUUUCUUUGAACCCCUUGACAGGGGUUCAUUUUCUUUAGUGCCACGUGUGUGGGCAUUUAGGUCAGAUGUUUUUUACUAGUCUAUAUAAACAAUACUGUUCAUAGGGAGAGCACUGAAAACAUCUUUAUCAGACUGUAAAAAUAAAAUGGCAGUGAGUGUACUGACUUAUAAAUGAGCAUUGACUAGUAGUAUUAUGUGCAGGGUUUUUUUUUUUGUUGUUGUUUUGUUUUGUUUUGUUUUUCCCUCAAGAUAUUAACCAAUAUAAUAGACCACUAUAGCUGGGACAGUUUCCUGAAUGAGCUACAUCUGUGGGAAAAGAGUAUUUACAGUUUUUAAAAACAAUGAGCUUUCUAAGUGUAUAUUGGCUAGAUUUUGUGUUGUCAGCAAGUGGAAUAAUGUUUUCAGUUCUUUGUCUUGUAAAUAUGACUCAGGGACUUACGUACAGUAUAAUUGACACACACAAAAGAUUUAGAAUUUUAUAUUCUUUAGUUUGCCACUCUUAUGUGGAAUAGAAGAAUGAGACUGGGAAAUAUAUUUUCCUCUGAGAAUUAUAUACAUUACUGCCUGAAUGUUUACACCUCCUAAAGCUUUUUUGCAACAUGUUUUCAUACAAAGCUGGUUAUGUAGCCAGAAUAUUAUUAUACAAUAAUAUUUUAGGAUGGAAAAGACCCUUACAGUUGUUUUGUUAAUAGAGUUUUAACACAAACUAGAUUUAUGUAUGCUAUUGUGCUCAAAAGAUUAUAAAAGGUAUUUUGGGACAAGAGACACUAUGCAAUUAUUCCUUGCCCACUGAGGGCAUUGAUGUUUACCACAUAAAGACCUCAUAGUUCUGCUAACAAACCACAAACCCUUAUAUUGCCAAACAGUUGUUCUCAGUAGAUGAUCUGCUUAAGCGAAUAAAUAUAUCGCGUGUGUGUGUAGGGAGCAAAUGAUGCCUUCUCUUUUUAACACGUUCAAGCUUCAUUACUAAAGCCAUUCCUUUGCUCUGUUGUCAGGAAACACAUAAAGUUUUGUCAGGGUGUGAAAAUAAAAAAAAAAAAAAGGAACAAUUACUAAUUAACGGAAUCUUUUGCCCAUGCCAAGAAAAAAGUUCUCAGGUAGUGGCAUGCAUUGCAUAUAUAUAUAUAUAUAUAUAUAUAUAUGUGCUAUUGUGUGAGUGGAUUUGCGUGCGUAUAUACGAAGUAUUUAAUUCUCUUAAUAAUAUCAUAGCAUUUGAAUUGCAUAGGGAUUUCCAUGCAAAUAAGUUCAGUGCCUUUUCCGUACAUCAGAGUGAUAUACUGUUUUCAAAAUGCUCCUUUCAAGGGCAAUACAAACAUCAGGAAUUCAAAAGCAAGCUUAGCUGAGUCCUGUGCUGUAGAGCGUGGAGACUGGAGUCUUUGGUAUUAGGGUUGAUGUGUUCUUCCUGUAGUUACCUGUUGCUACACAUAUGUCUCAUUUCAAAGAGAAUCAAUAUGACACCCUGACAGGAUUAAAGAAUCUAGAAUAGAAUGUAGAUAUACUAAAAGUGUUCUGUACAGUCGAGGAGGACCAAUAGAAAAUAAUAUAAGGUAGAAAGGACUCAGCGGGUACAUAUAGAACCCACAAUAUUAAAUGUAAACCUAAGUACUGUCACACAAACAGAAAGACUUGCAUCUGUACACUUGCCUGAUUCCUUUAAAUACUUUUGCCAUGUUGACCUGAGAUGAAACAGAGAAGGCACUUUCAUAUUAAUGAAGAGGAAACAAAAUAAUAAACUUGGUCAUCAUAUGGAAACAGAAACAGAGGCUCACUUUCUAGAGGGGGAGAGAAUAAGUAAGCAUCUUCUGUCAACUCAGACCACACUGUUGACACAUCACUCAAUAAUUCAUCAUGUCUUUUGCCCCUUCUCCUUUGAAUGUUCCCACGAAGUGGAGUAGCAGACAACAUUAUACUUCAGACUACUUUAAAUGAGUUCUAGGUUUCACAUGUAUUUAUUGAAAAAUUUUAUCCAGGACAAUAUGUCAUAUGCCAGCUAAUGAAUUAGGUGGUUCAAAACCAAGGUAAAUGGAGCUAACAAGAAUAGAUGAAAGAACUAUAAGAUUGAUCGAAUGAUAGAAUGCACUGAAUUAAGACAUUAUGUAUUUAAUACUUUAUAGAGAGAUUUUUUUCUGAGAUAAAGAACUGUAAUGGACUAAUAAGUAGGUUUUAGGUUUACAAUGACAGCUUUAGUAUUCUAGUAGUUAGGUAGAGUAAAAACGUGGUAAACGUUCUGCAGCAGAAACUGCUUAGCUUACAGAUGGAGGCAUUGCACUAUGUUUUCCAGCACUGAAUUUUCAGCGGUACCUUCCUCAAUAUUGAAAAGAAAGUGUCACAAAAAGCAAUUUGUUUUCUUUUAUCUUUUCCACUAAGCUUGCUGAUGAAGAUAAGUGUGGAUUUUUAAUUUAUGGGAGUUACAAUUACCUCUAUUUUUCUGCACUAAACAUAGGUUGUCAAGUCUGUUUUUUCCCCCAAUACUGGAGAGGAGUUGUACAAGACAAUAGCUUUAUUCAUGUAUUUUAUGCCCAGUUCCCAAAGUUCCAUUUGAAGAUCUUCUCUGGUCUCCUGUAAUGCACUGCUAUGUCAUAUUGAAGAAAUUCAAACCAGUUUGGAUAGUUCUCAGUGCAGGAAAAUAUUCCUGUUUAGCAAAGCAAGCAAGCUUUAAUGUGAAUGCAGUAACUUAUAGUCAAGUGCUUAAUUCAGUGCUUUGCUGAACAAGGAUGAAAUUAAACAUUGUGCUUUCCUGAUUUCUUGCCCAAUUGAACCAGAAGAUCAAUGUAUGAAUGUGUUUCUGUAAUUCCAGAGUGUCCGCUACUCCUAGUUCUGUUUUCUUAAGCAUUUGGCCCAUGUUUCUUCCAGUAAUGUCUGUAGUUCUAUAUUGCGUCUUUGCAAUGUUGGCCCAUUUCCUAUCUUGUAUUUUCCAAUCUUUUUUUAAGCUUACUUUGUCCCUUGUCUUCACAUACAGUAAAUGAAGGUGUCUUUCCCCAUUUACUUAAUUUUCAGUUUAAAGCUCCCUCAAGUGAUUGCAGGAAGUCAUAGAAAACAAGUAUGUCAAGAACGACCUUCUUUUUUGUGAGUGUCUUCCAAAUGCUGAACUUGCAAAAAGCCCACGUCUUAAGUUCUCAUAAAUUUGUUGAUUUUUCCCACCUUCUGUCAGAGCAGGAAGAAUCUCUUAUAAUCAUGGAGUUUCUGUAGGUGCUACAGAGCAAAUUUUAAGCUUAGAUUCUUUAUCUUACAUGCUACAGAUUAAAUGGAAUGAUUACAGUUUGAUUUUCAUACUGGAGCAGGGGUGUCAAAUUCAUUUUUGCUGGGGGCCACGUCAGCCUUGUGGUUGCCUUCAAAGGGCUGAAUGUAAUUUUAGGACUGUAUAAAUGUAGGAGUAGUUACAUCUUACACCCCUCUACUAGAGGGUACAUUUGUAGUCUUGGAAUCAUUUUUAUUUAUUUGUAAAAUGACCAAACUUGUGAAAUCUGCUAAGAAAAAAUAACAAGUGAAAGCCACUAGGUCAUUAUUUGUAAUCAGGUUAGAGUAUUAUCCUUCUCUAGAUUAUGAGAAAAUUUCAUAACACAGAAUUUUGUGCUUUAGUGUUCCCUCCUUUGUGUAGUCUUCUUACAUUAUCCCCAGCCGAAAGGGAAAAACAAAAACAAAAGACAAAAAACCCAGAUGUGUGAACAAUAUUACUGUCUUUUGCUGUCACUUGAACUCAGUACCAUAAUUUUUCAGCAGUGUUAAAUGUGGGAUAUUGACUUCAAACUCUAAUUUCAAUAAGACAUCAUGAAACCUGUGUACAACUGGGAAUUUAAGAAGGGACAAGGAAGUACCUGAAUGGAGUUGAGAGUAUAUGACUGCUUUUUGAAGUACAGUGUUCCUGGAAACCGUGUUAGGUUAUGUGGUAAAGUAAGUUAAACAGUAUCCCAUACUGCUGUGCUCCUUGUAGCAGGCAUUAGAGAUAAGAAGUUUUAUGUUCUAAGCACAAACGAAACUAUUAUGGCUCCUUGUACUCUUCCCACAGCCUGUGUGUUUCUCUUGAAUAGCUGUACCUGUAUGAGCACUGUUCAGAAACUUACCAGUAGCACACUUUCAGACUCUGCACAUCCAGUCAAAAUCACAGCAGAUCCAAGCUCCAGGUUUCAACAGACACAAAAAUUCUUUUACAGUUGUAUACUGGCUACUUGUUAGUACUACAUAUUGGAUACCUUUCUGAAUUUCUGUCUUCUACAAAACAAGUGUAUAUAUGACUAGCUUUAAUGUGUUUCUGUCUUACUUAAGCAUAUAGUAAGAAUUGUGGAGUUUUGAUUAUAACAGCUUUAUUUCCUAUUACAGACUAGAAAAUUAUUUUCUUGACUAAUUUGCUUCAGUCAAAUGUUUAGUGAUGUGUGUAUGGUUGUACUUCAAUGAAAUUCAGUUAUGACAAAUGAUGAUUUAUAUUUAAUUUCCAUUAAUUUUCAUACUGAUUUUGUAGUAAUUUUAAAAUCAAAGACCUUAAAUAGUUUCGAACUUAAUGCAAUGGAAUGACUCACUAACAAGUGAAAGCAUCUUGAAAGUAAGCAAAUUGUAAAGGUUGUGAUGCCAGCAAAUAUUUAAAGGGCACAAUAAGCCAAUAAGCAAUUGUACGGUUUCUUAGAGGUGGGGUAGUCAAAAAUUGACAAAUUUGUAGUUGCAUCAUGAAGUGCCAACUCUUCCGUUAGGUUUAUCGUUGACUAUUUGCUACAGUAGGAACAAACAGAAAAUCAAUUAACUGGCCUUCUCAUUUGGCUUUAGUUAAUGAGAAUUGUUGUAUUUACUAUUCAAUACAGAAUCUUUGCGAAGAAGCACGAUGUAACUAAGAGACUUUGAUUGAAACAAUAUUAACAGAUAAUCACGGGUGAUUUUCUAUGAUAAGAGUACAACUAAGAUAUUUGUGUAAGACAUUGGAUCAAAUUUAGGGUCAUCUGGUUUUGCAUCCUUGGGAUAAAGUAUUUUUCUGUGUGAGUGGUUUGGUGGUUUUUGGUUUGGUUUGUUUUGUUUUUUCCUUGUUUGUUUGGUGGGUUUUUUUUGGUUGCUUGGUUUUGGUGGUUGUUGUUGUUGUUACUUUUAAGAAAUUUUCAGUCUUCAUAUGAUGAGAUUUCAUAGUUCUUUAAAAUUAGCUGAGUAUAUCUUGGCUAAAGCUGUUUGUUGGGAACUAUAUAAUGCAUUUUUAAAACAUAUAAUCCAGGCUGAAUUGAAGCUUAUAUUUGUGCUGCUUUAAAAUACCUACAGGUAAUUUUUAUUUUUUUUUUCCUUUCUAGAAAAGGUUUUUAUCUUAAGAAAUAAAUUGAAAAUAGAGGUAGAAACAAUGCUUAUUUUAAGAGUAAAUCUAACAUUUUAGCAUAGCUCUAAACCAUCUUUUAAACACUUUUUAUUCAAAUCUGUGAACAUAUACAGACUUUGGCUUUUUUCAUGUUCAGAAAAUACAUGUGUUUUGAUACUUCAGAUAAUUACAGCAUUCUCAGAAAGACAUAUUGAAUAAUAAGUUUAUUUUGUUCCAACUUAGUACUAUAAGUUGUUGUGGAAGGCACAAUACUGUUACAUUAGCUCAAAAUCUCAUUUUGUGUUUUCAUUUAUGUGUGUUAAUUGCUUAAGACAAGUAAUUAAAAUUAUUCUAAAAAUCAUAUUAGAUGAAAUCAAUGAAGAAGGGCACCACGACUUUCAUUUUUCACUUCAGACAGUUGAAAACUAAGCUAUUCUUUAAUUAGGCUUUAGUACCUUAACCCUUUUUGGCUUCUUUCUGUCUGUGUUCUGAAAAGCAUUGUCUGCAGAUAGUUGUUUAUAUGUAUAAAUUCACUGGUUCAUUCUAGUGCGAAACAGGUCAUUCUGGAACAGUGAGAAAUGUUGCUGAAUUUCAAGCAGUUUUUGCUGCUCAGACGGCUCUGUUGAAAAUAAAGAGCUUAGAUUAGUACUUGUUUGAGGUAGCUACAUUGUCAAAGCUAGCAACAUAAUGCUAGUGUGAAUUGUCACCAGACUGUAUAUGCACUAUGAUAAAAUACGCUGCUGAAACCAAAAUAUUUCACUACAAUCAUUUUAGAAGGAGUAAAAUGUCAUCCAAAAUUACGAGUUUUUAAUUUUCAUUUUCAAAGAAAAAUACAUGCCAUCGACACUUCCAGUUUCUGUAUUUUCUCCUAAUUUUGAACCCCUAGUUUGCAGCACCUUUUGAAGAAUGGUGACCAUGUCUUCUGCGUAAUUAAACCUCUUACUUGAGUCCUGAUUCUGUCAUUCUUAGUGUUAGAAGUCCUUGUGCCUCAUCUUGAAAUGCAUGACAGUUAAGUUUGUGCAUUUUUUCUUAAUCAGUAUAAGCUUCUAUGGACCUCUUCUGCCAAUGUUAUUUGUGCAUAUGAAUUUGAGAGUAGGAGGAGAGGAUAGCAGAUUACAUGAGUGGGCCUGUUCAUUUCACUCAUGCUGUGCUCAGCAUGAGCACCUCAGCUCAGCAUUUCUCAUGAAGCUGGAAACCCAAAAGACUAUGUGAUAUGCAGUUUAUCUACCAAGAAGCUAUCUUGUAAGCAAAAGCCUGUAGCCUUUCACUACCUAACAGAGAAUACUGAAAGCAGAUCAGGGACUGUGGUUUGAGAAAUAAUUUGAGACAUUUAAAAUGAACUUUGUUUUCAGAUUUAGAAGCUAAUCUUAGGAAAGUAUGUGAUAGGCUGUCUGUCAAACAAUAAGGUACAAACCAUGCCAGUUGUAUAAACCUAUUAGCCACAUUACACACAUUCAGAUACUAAAGGAAGUGCACAGUGUUGUGCACUUCUCUGUUUUCAGUUAGAUGUAAAAUGAAGAAGUCAUACCACUUUCAUGGUUCAUUUGGGCUGUGCUUAUUCGCCUGGAAGUUCUGGGUAAUGAAAACUAACAUAUUGCUUACUUGUAAAUAAUAGAUUUGGAGAUUUUCUUUUUGGCAUGUUCAAAUAUGA